AACUGACCGUUUCGACUCGUUCUGCGUUCUACUUGGCGCCCUGGCUUUCCACUUGCGCCUGGUUGUGCUUCCUACUUAGAGGGAAUGGCUGCUGCAGGUGUUCCGGGAUGAGCCAACUUGACAGCUCACUGGAUUCGAUAUCGACGACGGAUAGUGUAACGGUUGUUAACUCCAUGCCGGUUUCUGAUUUUGACGUGGUAGCUCUCCAGUCUGAGGAAUCUGCGGAGCUCAGCUCUGUCUCCGUUAACGGAGAGCCGGGGGGUGUGACUUCUAUGUCAGCGUCUUUUAUAGACGGUGUGCCGAUGACACUGUCUCUUCAGCAAGUUGAUGGACAGCACAGAAUUGUGUGUGUUGCUGCGGAUGGCAGUGGAAGUACAGUGUCGUAUGUUGGUCAGCUCAACACUAAUAUAAACUUAGAACUGCAAGAGCAAGUAACUACACCUUCACUACAGUCUGGGUAUUCUGUGCAAAACCUGCAUCCUGAAACUCCAUUGAUUCCCAUCCACUCCUUAAACUCAAGUAUUCAGUUGGUACAAAAUAUGCAGAAUGAAGAGCUCAGCACUAAUACAUCAUUGGCAGCUGAAACAAAGUCUGUUUCUCAGAAGAGGAAAGGUGGCUGGCCAAAAGGCAAGAAAAGGAAACCUACCAAGGAGUUUUCAGCUCCCCGUGCUCCAACAACAGGCUAUGCAAUCUUUGUCAAUGAGAAGAAAUUGCAGCUGAAGGAGGAGCAUCCUGAUAUACCAUUUACUGAAAUCACCAAAAUGUUGGGAACUCAAUGGUCACAGUUAACGCUAGAAGAAAAGCAGAAGUAUAACAAUAUUGCUGAGAAAGAUAAGGAGCGGUACAUAGAGGAAUUAAAAAUGUAUCAAAACUCUGAAGCAUACAAGUCAUUUUUAAAAAGAAAAGCACUCAACAAAGUGAAAUACCUUUGUGGUGUUGAAACAGUAGUGGAUUUUGAAAAUGAGGUCACAGCUUUAACACAGAUAAAUGGCGAUGAAAACAGUGACUUAUACUGCAGGACAUGCAGCCAGUACUUCAGUUCCCUACAUAAUAAAAGAGAACAUCUCUUAGGAAAGCAGCACUUGCAGAAAAUGACAGAAGAAUUUGAAAAAGAGACUGCAGCCCACUCCAAAGAUCAUCAGGUUGAAGAGGUGGAAUAUUUGGAAGCAUGUGAUGAAGAUUCAGAUAUGACUCAGCUGUGUAACUUUCUCUCAAAACACAGUUGUGCUACAUUAGACCUCUGUUUCAUUCAAGAAUUAAUUGUUAAACAAAUGAAAGUAAGAGAGUUUGAAUUUGGUGAAUUGAAUACUAGCCUGGAAAUGUCAAUGGAGAAACAUGAAAAAUUAAAAACUGAACUGGAAGUUUUACAGCAACAAAAGUUAAACCUUGAAACUGAUCUGGGAAGACUUAAGGUCUUUGGACAGUCCCUGGAGGCAAAGCUUGAUAACUUAAAGAGAGUUCCUAUGUUGCUCCAGUUCCAAAUUCAGAUAGUUGACACUGAAGGAAGUGGAUUUCUGCAGAAAUAAAGCUUGACAUCGGAUUCUCAAUUAAAAUGAAUAUGAAUGAAGAUUUACUGUAGAAGUACUGAAGAAUUGGGUUUUACAGUACACGAAGCAUGAAUACAACUACAAAAGGACAAAAGGACUAGGGAAACUGUAAACAAUGCUGCUUGUAUCCAUGUUAGAAAUUAUGAAGAUAGCUCUUUUCAGGAACACAAAUCUGUUUAUAUUUUGUUUUUAGUAUUUAAGAUAUUCUAAAAUUAUGUUUACUUUGUCACUUUCACUGGUCAGAAGAAAAGUGAGUUGUAUUCCAGUCCUGUAUUAUAUUUAGUCAUGCAUAAUAAACUAGUACACACACGUUGGUCCCAAAGUGCACUUGUCACAAUUAUGUUUUUACUGCCUUUAUAACUUAUUAUUCAUUGAGCUGACUGGCUUAAAACAUCAGAGGAUGCAUUAGGAAAUGUUGGAGUAACUUUUUACUGAAUGGAAUUGAUGAAAAUUCAUAUACAGUUUUUAACUAGGUAAACAACACUAUUGGUAGCAUGCUGAGGGAUCUGUUUCCUUUCAGUGGCAAGCUUUUUUUAUGUUACAAAAUAGAAAUGUAAAAACUUUGUAUAAUUUAUUCAAAUAUAACAGUAUUAUUUUAUUUUUUUACUCAGUAAAUGCAAAUACUGUACAUUAGUUAGUUUUACCAAUAAAGUAUUUGUUUCAAACAGUGUUAUGUUAAUUUUAUUUAAUUCAAAUUAGUAACAUCAUUUAUCUAAUUUGGCUUGGCAUUCCAUGUAUGGAAUGUGUCUGACUCUCCACUCUUUAACUUCACGCUGUUAAACUGAUUUUGUAAAAUAAAUUGAAUAAAUACUUUUUCAAGCAUAUCAGUACCAAUACAUAUUUUUAAAUUCUACAGUCAUACUUGUUUAUUUUCUGUCUGCCUCUCUUGAUGAUAUAUACAGCUGUGACAGGUUUGGCAGAUCAUUGCAGACAAUUUUGUCAGUUAGAGAGAUACAGUCUGCCUAACAUUGUAAAUUUUCUCCCAAGAAGCUAUGCCAGGCGUACCUCUCACAAGCAGUGCCCAGGAGCAUCCUUACUAAAUGCCUAAACAACCUUGGCUCUUUCCUCUCAGUCUAGAAUAACAGCAAUUCAGUUCAUGACUUCACUGCACAAAAACCUAUAUAUAUCUUAUACAGUAUAUGAGAUAGUAUAUAUAUAUAAUAUAAUAUGUCUAAUUUGAGAUUUCAUGUUUUAAUUUUCUACCCAAAGCAGGUGAGAAUGUACCUUUACUUGGAAAACCAAGAUCUUUGUUCCAUCUUCGCUGUUUAUGCAAUGCCUGCAUUUCUGCUGCUCCUGUCUCAGUUUCUCAGUCUUAUGGCUGCCUUCACUCUCGCUUGUUAAUAUGAUUCCAAAGUACUUAAAUUGUUCCAAUGUUCCUUCACCUGUAGGAAGCAAACAGAUCUUUUUCAGGAAUGAAUUAUGAGUUUAAAUUUGGAAGUGCCAGUUCUCAUGCUGAUUAUGGCAAACUUGUGGUGUGCUUAAAAGGUCAGUCACAUAAGGCCAGGGAGACGACCCUCACAUUCUGAAUACCACACUAUAUACUUUCCAAUCCUUAGUUGCCUUCUAAAAUCCUGCCCAUUUAAAAUAAACAUAAAAAUGCUCUUGGUUGAAUACUGCACCUCUUAAAUGGAUUUGAGCGAAUGCAGACACAGUUCACAUAAUGCAAAUACAAGCACUGACUGGCAUGCACCAAUGAUCUGAACACCUUAAACCCUCACAGCACCUUCUCCAGGAUCACAUGGGUGACACAGGCAUUUUAACUCCUACAAUCUCACUGAUAUUUGUGUAAGUGCAAAGAGCAGUAAGAACAGAAUCUGUAUUGCUCUCCUGAUGUCAGCCUAAGUCUUAAUUCCAGCCUCCCACAAAUAGGCUUUCCUAAGGAGGAUGAGCAGCAUGAACCUCUAUUAACUCACAGACAUCCUCUUGUCCUCUUUUCCAAAAAAGAGGAACCACCUGUUCAGUCUUAAGGUACCCUGUAUAUUUUCAGUUUCUGACAGUGUGCUACUCAAGAUACCCUCACACUGUCCUGUCCUUUCAGCAUUUCAUGUCAGAACAUAUCCAUUCUUGCCAUUACUGAGUUUGAGGCAUCAGCCAAAUUCUCUUGACACUGCAUUUAUAGAGAUUCACUCUUUCACCUGGUUUAAAAGUUCAUCAAAGUGUUUCUUCAACAGUUAAGGUCAAUUUUCCCCUACUCCCUCAAUAAAGUUCGUUCACACUCACUGCCCAAAAAUAUUCCCAAGAUGCAGCACAUCUUCCAUAAGUAAGAGGAUACCUAAUUUCAAAUUAAAGCAUUCAUUAGUUGUUCCAUGAUAACCUUGAUACUCAGUUUGGUCUCUAGUACUUCACAGAUGAUGCUUCAGCUUUCCAACCCAGGUUGCCACCAGUUUCUGAUUAGUUGGCAUCUUAGCACUUCUUUUUGGAGUAUCCAAAAGUAGAUAGUUUACAUUAGUCCUAAAAUACAGUGGUAGCAAAUUAUUGUAACAAACUGUACAGUUUUGAGUACCUUCUUUUUUGUACAAGAUGUUUCUUAUGGACACAGUUCAAACAAAUCCAGUUAAAUCUAACCACUCAUACUCAGAUUAGGCUAGCUUUUAGUUGGAUUAUGCACAUGCAUCCUCGCUACAACCCCAAAAAUCAAUGUGAAGCCACUGUCUUAUCCACUCCACGGCCCAUGUAGGGACAGAACAGAGAAGAGAGUAAUGAUGUAUGUAACAGUAUGUUUGGCUACAUCUACCCAAUAAUUUUCAGCCUUACACAGGGUCUCCGAGAGUGACAUUACACAUCACAGGAGUCAAUCUGAGUCUCAAUGUUUUCAGGUCAAGACUAUUGGCCAACUUCAUUGUGCAAGCGGUGAGCAUCCUGAGCAAUUCAGUGCAGCUUGGUGCUAAACCUGUGUGUGCUACGUGGGUUAGCUAGUAACCAGGUGCUCCUCAGCAAGUGCCUGCUGUUCUGGUGAAGUCCCUUUGUUCUUCAUGGUGUCACUGUUUGUGUGGCACUGCCCAUUAGUCUAGCUUACAAAAAUCCACUUUAUUCAGAACUGGAUGUGUUUAAAUAUGAUUUAUAUGUAUCAAGUCAGUAAUGGUGUGAACUUUUAUUUAAUUUACAAAUUAACCUGGUUUAAUUAAAGGUUACUGUAACACUGUAUGUGAAUAUGCAGGAUACUAUUCAAAAUUAGGAAUUGUUUUAAUCUACUGUAUGUUUUUUCACAAUUUUGUACUUUAAAUUUAUUUUUAUUGUGCAUUUAGCGUUCCUAAUCUUGAUACAAAUUAAAUUUAACAGAGAAAAACAUGAAAAUCAGUAUUUAGCACCUCUAAUUAAUAAAGUAUUGAUUAUAUAAGUGCAGGAUUUAUGUUGGUGAAAUGUUUUAUAUUUGAAUUGGUUGAAAAUGAGGUAAAAGCAGGUGAAAUAUUUCAAAUUUGUUGAUGGAGAAAAAACAUUCAAAAUCCACCAUCUUUACAAUUGAUGUUUUUAUUAUUUUACUAUCUUGUUAAUAGUGAAGUUAAACCUUGAGCUAGUUGUAAACAUUUGAUUACAGUGUACACUUUGCCCCUAAUUUUGAUUAUAAUAAAGUAGGAGAAAUAGUUUAGACUCUUCUGCAUCUAUAUUUUAAUUAUUCCACCCACACACAAGCACAUAAUUGAUCUAUACCAUCAAUGCAAAAUCUCUGGUGAUUUUAACUGUUUUUUGUAAUUUAUUUUAAAUUAGAGUAAAUGGGAAAAUAAUUAUGCUGUUAACAAGCCUAACUUCUUUAUUAGCUAAAUUGUAAUUCUUUUUUGUGUGUAAUUUCUGAACUGAAAAAAGUUGCCACUUCAAUUCUGUACAGUUGGUAAUGGCUACUUUAGUACAUUUGUCCUUGGACACUAUUUAAAACUCAAAUUAAAUGAAGCAUUAUAAAUAAUAUCAUCAGUUUAAACUUUUUCCCAAGUUCAAUAUUUUUUUUUCCUUUUUAUUCUGCUACAAUGAGUGAUUGUUGUUACUACAUGAUGACUAUUAUACUGAACGUGAAAUUAACAUUUUGCUUCAGACU